AUGGAGUUACCAGACCUCUCUAAAUUCAGAGAAAAGUGCUGCUACUGCUACGAAGACAUCAAGACUGGGAUAUCUGUGUGUAGCUGUGGUCUUUCGUUCUGCAAAGAACACAAGGAUCUUCACCUUGGGAAGGCCAAAUGCCAAAUUGUAUUUGAGAUUAAGGAGAUUGGAAAUGAUCUAGGUAUUGAAAUUAAAAACACAAUGCUCGGGGAAGCGGAGAUUGAAGAACUAAGGAGGAGGAUGGAGACAUUGGUGAGGUCGGAGGAUGAGGAUGAGAGAGUCAUCUUCAGGGACGAGGAAGUGGUAUGUAUGCAUGAAUGUCCUGAAGGUCCAUGCUCUAUAGAUCUAGGAGAUGCUGGGAAUCUUAGCUGCAAGGUGUGCGAUGUGAAAACAAGACUGUGGGUGUGUUUUAUUUGCGGGUAUGUUGGAUGCGGGAGGAUGCAGUAUGGUGCAGAAGGGAAUGGACAUGCAAGGGCACAUUAUGAGGAAACACAACACAAUGUUUUUGUUCUAGUUCCUAGCCUUAUAAAAGAGAGUUGCGAGGUAUUCUGCUAUCUUUGUGACUCAAACAUAAGAUUUCACUACGAGAUUCCCGGGAAUAUUACAAUUGACUUUGGAGAUGAGGGAAAGGCAGGGAGGAAAAGAGUGAAGAAGAGGAUAAUCUGCAAUGGGAUUGUUGAGCAGGAAGAAAAGAAAUUGAAGGCGAUGGAAAAGGGAAAGAAUGAGUCGAUUCCUAGUCCAUAUGUCGGGAUUGUUAACUCCGGAAACACCUGUUAUAUUUCUUCUGUUCUCCAAAUGAUAGGAUAUGUAGUUUCGAAAGAGGACAUUGAUAUGGAGCAACACUUCGAGAUAUGCUGUGAUAAGAAUCCUCUGGAGUGCUUUUUCUGCCAGCUGAUGAGGGUUUUAAACAGAAUGAAAAAGGCUAGGAAAGAAAAGAAUAUAGAUAGUAUAUCGAUACUAGAUCUGAUAAUACUUAUAUGGAGAGAUAUGCCUAUGUUUUCGAAGUUUAUGCAGCAAGAUUCCCACGAGUUUUUACUUUUCCUCCUUGAGAAGAUACGGGAAGGAGAAGGUUUAUAUCUGAUUCCAUCGAUAACAUCUUUCUUUGAGUUUGAGGUUGGAAGAAAGAUCAGCUGUUCAGGAUGCAUGGAUAAGUCUACCAGCUAUGAAUCUGCAAUGAUGAUAUGUACAUGUCUGAAGGGCGACAUAAGAAGGUCUGUGGAGAUGUUUUUUUCUCCUGAUGAGUGGAACUGCAAGUGUGGGGGAAAGAAGAAUGUAAGUCGGUUUGUCACAAUUCCUCCCAGGUAUCUAAUAAUCCAAGUUGGAAGAUACUCUUAUAAUAAUAACAAAGUGGAGAAGAUCAAAAGCAAGAUCGGGAUAAAAAGUGUCAAGCUAAAAGACUUUAUGAGCAAGGACGAAGCCGACGAAUCCCUCGCCAAAAAGCUUUCAGAUGAUGGAUAUUCCUUGGAGGAUGCAAAAAGGGCUUUAGGCAUCUUCUGCAACGACGAAGGUAAGGCCCGCAGCUUCCUGGAAAGGCAAAGUUCUGUAGUCUCGCCAGAAGACUUAAAGUACAGAGUUGUCGGAUGCAUCAAUCAUUCUGGAGAUAAUAUCAAGGCAGGACAUUACACGUGGUGGGUGUAUGAAGAUGAAAAGUGUUACAAAAUAGAUGAUACAAACGUUCUUGGUAGCAAUGUUGAAGUAUUGGAAGAUGGCUAUAUAUUCUUGUUUAAAUGA